CACACGUUUUUAUUUAUUUAUGCCUCUUGGAAAGCAGAAGGACCUUAGUUCUGUGCUUGAAGAAGAAGAAGAAGAAGAAGACAAGGUCCACUUUGCCUACAGGCUGGGCUGGUUCAAGGUGCAAAGGGUUCCUGUGGAAGAAAAACCCUCCGUAGCAAAAGUGGGGUUGGGAGUCCAGCCGGCAGAAUCAUUAACCAGACAAGCCAGACAAGCCACCCGCCCAUCUCGCAGCAGGAGGGACCCCGGGCGGCGGCCCUUGAGUCCGAUUCUCUCCCGGCUGCCGGCUGGGAAGUCCGCGGUGCAAACUUCGGCGCCCUCGGCUCCCGUCCGCCUCUCGCUCCGCCCCGGCUUUUGCGCGGCGGCCGAGCGACCGUGGAGCGCCUGGCCAAGCGGAGCCGCCGCCGCGGGCCGGGCAGGGAGGAGCGUCGGGGCUGCAUGGCGGGAGCCGGAGCGGCGGGCGGGCCGCGGGUGCUGGUGGUGGGCGCGGGGGCGGCGGGGCUGGGCGCGGCGCAGCGGCUCCUCCGGGGCUCCCGCCGCUUCUCCGCCCACCUGCGCCUGCUGGAAGCCUCGGGGCGCGUCGGGGGCCGCAUCCGCAGCGCCCGCUUCGGGCGUGGUGGAGGUGGGGGCGCAGUGGAUCCACGGCCCUUCCAAGGGAAACCCCGUCUUCCAGCUGGCGUCGGAGGCCGGCCUGCUCGACCAAGAGGCGCUGUCGGAAGAAAACCAGCAGGUGGAAGUGCAGGGGCAUCCGGCGGGGCCCUUCGCCUGGUACUCCAGCCAGGGCCGGGAGCUGAGCCCCGAGCUGGUGGAUUCCGUGGGCGCCUUCUUUUCGGGGCUCCUGGAAGAAGCCCGCGCCUUCGUGCACCUGGAUCCCCCGCCGGUGCCCAGCGUGGGGGAGUACCUGAAACGGGCCAUAGCCCGGAAGCUGGAGGAAUCGGCCGACGGGGAAGAGACCAGGCGCCUCCAGUUGGCCGUCCUGCACGCCUACUUCAACCUGGAGUGCUGUGUGAAUGCGACGGACAGCCUGGAGGAGUUGGCGCUGGGGCCCUUCGGGGAGUACACCAUGCUUCCUGGCCUGGACUGCACCUUUCCCAACGGUUUUCAAGGUCUCACAGACCACAUCAUGGCGUCUCUACCCAAAGGCCUCGUGCUGUUUGACAAGCCGGUGAAGACAAUCCAUUGGGGAAGGUCCAACUUGGAGGAGGGCUCCACAGGCCGACUCUUUGGCGUGCAGGUGGAAUGUGAAGACGGAGAAAAGUUCUUGGCAGACCACGUCAUCGUUACGGUGCCUUUAGGUUUCCUCAAAGAACACCAGGAGUCCUUUUUUUGCCCUCCUCUCCCAUCCCAGAAGCUGGAAGCAAUACGACGUUUGGGUUUUGGGACUUCCAAUAAAAUUAUUUUGGAAUUUGAAGAACCAUUCUGGAAGCCGGACGCUGAAAUAAUUGAGGUGGUGUGGGAAAACAAGUCCCCACUGGAGGAGCGUCCUGCUGAUUUGAGAAAUAGCUGGUUCCAGAAGAUUGCUGGCUAUGUUGUUCUCCAGCCCCCUGAGAGGCACGGCCAUAUCCUUUGCGGCUUCAUCGCUGGAAGAGAAUCUGAAUUUAUGGAGACCCUGUCAGAUUCUGAAGUUCUUACAACUUUGACUCAAAUAUUUCGUAAAAUAACAGGAAAUCCACAACUGGCUCCUCCGAAGAAUAUACUGAGAUCUAGAUGGCAUAGUGAACCUUACACCAAGGGAUCCUACAGUUAUAUAGCUGUAGGAAGUUCUGGGGAUGACGUUGAUCGGCUUGCUCAGCCCCUCCCUGAGGACACCUCUGACUCCAAGGUCCUGCCCCAGCUUCUCUUUGCGGGGGAGGCCACCCAUCGCUCCUUCUUUUCCACCACCCACGGGGCUUUGUUGUCUGGCUGGAGAGAAGCAAACCGCCUCAUCCAACUCUACGACUCGCUCCUGGAGGCUCCGCCUGCGAGGCUGGAAGCUGGCAAGUGACACGGCGCUGCCUUUUCCUGUGCUACUUUUCCCACCAAAGAUCAGGAAACGGUGGGGAAUUCUUUUAAUUAGUCUGAUAAGGUUCCAGGAAUCUUUGUUCCCAGAGUUAAUUACUGGGAGUAUUUUUGUCCAAAGAUAUGACAACACUAAUAUCCGAACCAUGUGCAUUAUCCCGUUUAAAUAACCUUCUGCUUAUGUUGCUGUUUCUACCUCAUCUCUUCCUAAAAUGCUCCUGAAGUCACCUACCAUGGAAAAUGAGCUGACACCUUUAAUUGCAAUGGCUAAAUUUAUACAAAGCAUUAAGCCACAAAUUAGGAACCGUAUUUUGGCUUACUGAGUCACUGAUACAAGUAUUUUAAGCCAUUUUGGGAAUUAUUUGGCUUUGACUUAUUACACGAAAGAACCUAGUCUGUAAGCCUAGUUUAUAGCUUGGUCUGUUAUACCAAUGUGAUGAUGUGAUAAGCUAUGGAUUUGCAUUCUGCACAAACCCACAGUCUUAAACGUACUUUUUAUAAUACUCCCUCAAUGCUGCCGAGGCUUCUCCGCAAAUUGUCUUCUCACACUGUGCUGAGCAAUGUAUGUGUCUGUGUUGCUUAAUCCGCUGUAUGAAUCCAGUCAUUUUAACUAUGAUGUUUGAAACAUCUUCAUGGAUUAUAAAGUUGAUUUGUUUGAGAGAA